AACGAGUGGGAAAGCGUCCAUAACAGAAAGGCCGCGUUAGAAAUUUUCUUUGACCUAAAUUAAAUCUUUAUUUACUGCCAGUUUCCCAAAAGUUUAUUUUGAUUCGUGUGAAACAAUAUUGAGUGUAGUGUGAUUAAAUUUUCUUUCAUGAUUUGAAAUUUUGCAUCGAGGUCGACGACUUCACUAUUCGACCAAUAGGUUGGAUCGAUGUUUGGUUUGUCGCUUCCUUGUCAGUUAAUUCAAGGCCCAGCUAUACGCACUUGGAAUUGUGUCGCGCAUUUCGCUAAUCUCCUUUGGUGUAAAUUUAAUUAUACUGCAAAUCCAAUAAUGCCUCGUUCCCGAAGACGUCACCAUUCUCGGUCUCGUACAAGAUCACGUUCCCGAUCUCAUUCUUGCGAUAGGGACAGGGACACGAAACGUAGAAAGAUCGAAAAUUACGAUAGCCCACAGCAUAAGCGAUCUGACAGCCCAGAAGAUGGCCCCCAGCCGGAAGUUGUGGAAAGUCCAAAAGACCAAAAUCAAUCGAUCGAUUCCGCCGAGCAAAAUUCGCCGCAACGAGAAUCCGAUAACAGAUCGGAUAGGGAAAAAUCGUCCGCCACCUCCGUCGGAACGCCUACGGCGAAGGUUUCGAAAACUCCCAAAAAACCACUCACUCCGAAGCAGCUGCAAAAGCAAAUGGAAAAGACAGAAAAACUAAAAGAACGCGAGAGACUCAAAGAGGAAAAACUGAAAGUAUUACAAGAAAAGAAAAAAUUGAAACAGGAAGAGAACGAAAAACGCAUUAAAGAGAAACUCGAAAAGCUAGAACAAAAACAAAAGGAAAUAGAGGAGCGGCAGAAAAAUCGAGACCUAAAAGAAGAAAAACGAAAGAAAGAACGCGAAGAGAAAGAUCUCAAGCGUAAAGAGAGAGAAGAAAAAGAAGAGCAAAGACGGCGGGAGCAAGAUGAAAAAAACAAAGAAAAGCAAAAGAUCGAAGAAAAAAAACAGAAGGCCGCGACGGCAUUUGUCAGUUUCUUCACUAAGAAAAACGAUCCUUCUCAAAGUGAGGAACGAAAACUAGAGAAAGUGAGCACCUCCACUUUUAUGCCGUUUGAGAUCAAGUCCGAUAUGAGAGUAGCACCGAUUUGUCGUGUUUCCUUAGAUGCGAAUCAAAAAAAUUACAUCCUGGAAACGCUAACGACGCAAUUGGAACGUACUUACCUGGACGAAUUGAGAUCUGGCAGAAAACCACGCAAAUCCUCCAGAACGUGGCCCUUUACAGAAUCCGAUCGACAGGACAACGACGUAGUAGUAGUAGAGGAGGUAGUUCCAGGCGAAAGCAUCGAAGAGCAACCGAAACUCCCCGAAAAACAAAGAGCCAAAUUUCUCAAAUUUGACGGCAAUCGCCGGCCCGCCUACUUCGGUACGUGGAGAAAAACCAGCGCGCUUAUCAAACCUCGUCGUCCUUUCGCCAUCGACACUACACUUUUCGACUACGACGUAGAUUCAGACGAAGAAUGGGAAGAAGAAGAUUCGGGCGAGUCCCUCCAAGGAUCCGACGAUGAUAAAGAGAACGAAUCCGGAAAUGAAUAUGAGGAAGAUAACGACUUUUUCGUGCCUCACGGUCAUUUAAGCGACGACGAAAUGAACGAUCAGGAAGACGCAGUUUCUCCCGAGGCCCAUAAGGCGAAACUAAAACUGCUAAAGUCCGAAUUUGAAGCGGAAAUGCGUAGUAAGACUGAAAAGAUCAAGCCUCGUGUGAUAGGUUGCAUUUGGUAUAAUAAAGAUGGAAGUAACGUCGAUCCCGCUAUCGACGCAUUUUUGAAACCCCUCUCGAUUAUUUCCAAUGGUCAAAUUGCAAUUAAGAAAAGAAGUAAACUUACAUCUAUCGUGCCGGUGAGAAGAUCGUUUAUGCCAGGUAAGGAGUUAAGUGUGAAGUUUGUUCCCGACUUUUUAAAGUGGAUACACGGAAGUACGAAGAAUUCUAAGGCGUUGGUUGAAGACUUCCUAAAUUCUUUAGAAAAGCAGGAAGUUAAUGUGGAAGUGUCUAAAACUAGCUUAGUGAAACAAUUGAAAAAACUUGCGGUGUGGACGCGUUGCCCCGAAGGUGGGCCAGUUCUGAAGAAGUAUUGUUGGUUCGUUCAUAAAACAGUCGGUGAAGAAUACAAUGUUGAUUUACCUAUUCCUAAUUAAGAUGUAUUCGUUAGCUUUGUUUAUAAUAAAUAAUAUUAUACUCC